AUCAGUCCGCGGCAGGUCGGACACAUUUGGUACCUAUACCGGCGACACUUCUUAAAUGGAAUUGUUGUCCAUUUAAAAUCACUACACACUUUGACUGUUAUACAACCGGUUUGUUUUGGUCUAUUUAAGUAAUUAAGCAUCGAGUUUGAUUCAUGGAGGCUCACCUUUGGGAAGCGCGGUGACAUGUCCAACGAAAACCUGAUCACGGACUCAAGGAAGAGCAGGAGCAAACUGGGUCUGGUUGUAACUGGGGUGAUUGGAGGGUCACUUGUGGCUCUGUACGCGGUCAGUGGCCCGUUUGUGGCACCUGCUUUGAGAAGAAUCUGCCUCCCGUUCGUCCCCGCGACCCCUACCCAGGUGGAGAACGUCCUCUGUGCUCUGCGACACAGGAGAGGGACUCUGGUGGACAUCGGCAGCGGAGAUGGCAGGAUUGUUAUUGCCGCAGCCAGACGUGGCUUUCAGGCAUCUGGCUUUGAGCUGAACCCCUGGCUGGUGUGGUAUUCCCGUUAUAGAGCCUGGAGAGAAGGGGUCCACCAAUCCACCGCCUUUCAUAUAUCCGAUUUGUGGAAGGUCAGUUUUUCACAAUAUUCCAAUGUUGUCAUCUUUGGAGUUCCUCAAAUGAUGGAGCAGCUGGAAGUGAAGCUGACUGAUGAAUUGCCCAGCAGUGCCAAGGUGGUGGCCUGCAGAUUUCCCUUUCCCACCUGGGUCCCUGAACAGACCGUCGGGGAGGGCAUUGACACUGUUUGGGUGUAUGAUGGCAGGACCUUUAAAUCAAAUGAAACAAGAUUAUAUCAGGGCAAUAAAACGACAUAGAUUUUGAUGCUUACAUACCAGAAAUGUUACCAUGUCUUUUAUUACAUUUCCAGAAUAAAGCAACAUUAUAAU